AUGGUAAAAUGGGCAAUUGAUUUUGGAUAUAACAUAGAGUACGACAAGUGGGUGAGGCUAUGGAAUAAAGGAAUGAAGUUCACGGCAUGCGUCACAUUAAGGGAAAACCUGGAGAAAAUGAUGUACCGAUGGUACACUGCAAGCGACGAUGGGCGGCCCGAGCGAGGCCCUCCUCUCUGUGCACGCGUCGGGGAAGCACCACCCACCGCCCCGCCCCCUGCCGCCUCUCGCGCCCUUUUGCCGCCUCCCGCUUCACAUUCCCGGCAGCCCUAUCGACUGGUGACACAAAAAGGGGCGGGGAAAUGGGCGGGCCCAUCCGCUGAGCCGAGGGAGAGAGUCGGAGAAGCGGCGCUAGGUGACCGAAAUAGCCCAGAGGCGGCGGCGGCGGAAGGCGCAGCGGGGAGGACGACUCGGGGCCAAUGCAGCAGCAAAAACGGCAGCCAGAUUCUUUGCACAACCCCAAAUAAAUACAUUGUGGUCGAUGCAGUGGGUGCGGUGAAGCCUCAGUGCUGCGUUGACAUCGUGAUCCGUCACCGAGACGUCCAACCUUGCCACUAUGGUGUGAUUGACAAGUUUCGGCUCCUGGUCUCCGAGCAGAGCCAGAGGAAAGCGUUGGGGAGGAAAGAGGUUAUCGCCAUGCUGCUUCCGGCGGCGAAAGAGCCAAAGGAAGAGGAGGAGAAGAGGAUCACGGAGCACCUGGCAGAGAGCGUCUUUUUCGAGCAGGCUUUAUGCCAGCCAGAAAACAGAAUUGCCUCAUCAGGGCCGAGUUUGCUCACCGUGUUCCUCGGAAUCGUGUGCAUUGCGGCUCUCAUGCUUCCCACAUUGGGAGAAGGGGGUUCCCUCGUGCCUCUCUACCUCCACUUAAGUGUGAAUCAAAAGUUAGUAGCAGCUUACGUAUUAGGUACGCAUCUUUUUGUUGUCAUUACAUUAUGUGAUUUGGGGCAGGACCAAGUGAAAAAAUGA